AUGCCGGCGCAGAACCAAAACCAAAAUCCGUCGAACUUGGGCGAGCGCGCUGACGCAGCCACGACGUCUCUCCGCGCCAUCCUGCGUACGCUGGAGAUCGUCGCGCAGCGCUUCAAGACACCGUUCCUGGACCCGAUCGUCAGUAGCAGCCUGGUUAUCCUUGAUAUCGUCGCAGUGGGUGCUCAUGCAUUUCCCCGAAUCCACACUCGAUUGAAUAUCGAUCGACAGCAAAGCUCGCAGAAUACAGCAGAUUCUAUCCGUUUGCUGGAGCAGGUCUCGGAACUGCUGUACAUAAUCGCGAGUCUGCAUGUAGCCCCCGCAGCGGACUCGGAUCCGGACACAGAUCCUCGCCCCGUGGACAUUCCACUCCCCCUGCUGGAUGCAAUGGCUCAAUUCACAGAGACUCUCACCAAGAUCAAGACGUUUCUCGAAGCACAGCAACAAGGGAGCCGGAUCCGCAAAUUCUUCCGGCAAGCAGAGAUGACGAGGCUGCUUCGGGCCUGUCAAGUAGGAUUGCAGCAAGCGUUGGACGAGUUCAAGAUGAAAAGUGCCCGGAUCCAGGACACCAUCCAUGAUCUGGAGACCAAUUCGGGUCGGAUGCACGAGGAAAUUAUGGAGCUGAUUGCCAGGAUGGUCGCGGACGAUACGGGUUCUACAUUCAGCGAUCGAAAGUCGAGCUACUUAAGCAGCUGUAAUUCCUUGACAUUGCUUCCUUCCGAGCCGAAAAUCUUCCACGGACGCGAGCAGGAGCUCGAGUCCAUCAUUUCCGCCUUCUCUCCUGACGGAUCCAGAGGCGGACCGAGAAUCGCCAUCCUGGGAAUGGGUGGAAUGGGUAAAACGACACUGGCGCGCGCCGUUCUGCACCACCCCACCAUCACCAACAUGUAUCCCGUGCAUAACCGCUUUUUCGUGAGCUGCGAGAUCGCGUCCACGGCCGUGGACGUCAUCGCCACAGUGGCUGAGCAUUUGGACCUCAAACUUGGAGGCAGGAAUCACGCCAAGAGCGUUGUGAAGUGGUUUGUUGAUCAUCCCGCUGCGCUGUUGAUCUUGGACAAUUUCGAGACGUGCUGGGAAAACGAAUCAGCAAGAGAUGAGAUCGAAGAGUUUCUCUCCCUUCUGUCGGAAGUGCAGCACCUCUCGAUUGUGAUCACGAUGCGCGGGGCUGAACGGCCCGGAAAGGUCCGCUGGACGCGACCCUUUCUUCCAUCGCUUGCGCCGCUCAGCCGUGAUGCGGCGCGCAAUAUUUUCGUCGACAUCACCGAUGGUGUGCAUUCCGUGGAGGAGAUGGACUCGGUACUGGACCUGACGGACAACAUGCCGCUCGCCAUCGACCUGAUCGCCCAUCUCGUCGUGUCUGACGGCUGUGACACGGUGUUGGCCCGGUGGAAAGAUCAGAACACGGCUGUCCUAUCGGAAGGGCACGAUCGGAGAUCGAACCUGGACAGCUCCAUUGCCUUGUCGCUUUCCAGUCCACGCUUGGCUGCUCUUCCUGGCGCAAGAUCUUUGCUCAGCAUCCUUGCGCUGCUCCCGGAUGGUCUGACGGACGCACAGUUGGUGCAGAUGAACGUCCCAAUUCCUGAUAUCCUCCGUUGCAAAUCAGCGCUGCUAAGAACGUCUUUAGCAUAUUUGACUCCAGCACACCGGCUGAAAGUGCUUGUCCCGAUUCGCGAAUACGCGCUCAAAGUGCACCCCCUGACCGAAGAGAUGAUGCAUCCUAUCUCCAGCUACUUCUUCUCCUUGGUGCGCCUCUUCCGGAGCUCCUCUGGUAGAGCAGGGAAUCCCGGCCUAGUGAGCUUGCUAGCUGCAAACUCCUCCAACGUUGCGAGCGUCCUCGAUUCGACUCUCCUCACUGGUCAUAGGGAUUUGGCCCCGGCGAUCUUGUGUGCCAUCUCGUUUGACUCCUUCCUGCGCGUCGUCCUGUGUCGUGGGCGCUGUCCAGCGAUCCGACGCGUCCCGGAUCUUCUCAUAGAACUAGAAAACGAACACGAGCUUCAUGUUAGAUAUGCGACGAAUGAUCUCCUCUCGCUGUACGGCGGCAACGUGCGGGACCUUCGCGCGCGCGUUGAACAAAAUGACGUCCAUCUCAUGUCCGUUCACGAUCCCUCCAUCAAAUGUCAGUUCUACGAUGCGGCAGGAUCACUCUGUCGAAUCCUAGGCCAAGACAUGCCUUAUUCGAUUCGUCUGCACCGCACGGCUCUCGAGAUUGCCGUGUCUCAUGAGCUCCUCGAGGCUCAGUCGGACUCCCUCAACUUUCUCGGCCAAACGUAUCUCCAAAUGGGCAAUCCCACUGAAGGUCGAGUUUGUGUAGCCCAAGCAUUUGCAGCCGCUGUCAAAUGUGGCGUGGUCUAUUCCCAAGCCGUCUCGUUGCAUAUUGAUGCACGAUGUAGUCAAGAGCUGGGCGAGUUCGUCAAGACUCUGGAGUUGUGUUCCCGCGCAUCUGAGUUACUCGCUCUCUGCGACAUGUCCGAAUGCGGGCUCUCCCUGGGGAUCGCCGCCGCCCGCGCGCAAGUCCAUCUUUCCAAGACGGAGUACACCGAGGCCCGCGCGAUCCAAGUGAAGUCUCGCUUCCGGGCCCAGAACGACGAGGAUCCGUACCAACACGCCCACGCGCUGAUGAACCUCGCGGAAAUCGACAUCGCGCUGGGCGCGGACGCGAGCUCCGUCGAGAGCAUGCUGGACGACGCGAAGAAGCUGUUCGGCAGUAUCCACUUUGACCUCGCGGUCACCGUGUGCGACAUGAUCCUCACCGACCUCUGGCUGCGGGACGCUCCCGCCGAAUACCCGUCGCGCGCGGGUCCGAUCCUACUCCGCUUAGUCGCUGAGCUGCGUGGGCGACACAAUGCGGUGGAGAUUGAGUUACUGCGCAGACUGGCUGAUGGGGCGAACUGGAGCUCGUACGAUCUCCACUGUACGGUCACGUAUCUCGCCCUUGCCGCCACUUCACGAGACCGACUGGCGCUACACCAGGCGCUGAUGUUCUUGGGCGAUGUGAUGAUCCAUGAGCACAGCGACUGGGAGACUGCCGGUGCGCUCUUCCGCGUUGCACUGGAUGGUUUCAGCGCCAUGGAUGUCCACCGUGCCAAGGGCGAGUGCUUGCUCCGCAUGAGCGAGAUCGCAGAGAAAAAAGAAAAGCUCUGGAGAGUCGCGCGCGAGUGUUUCGAGCGAGCAAAACAGGAUAAAAUGGUGCAACAUUUGGACUCGAAAUUAGCUGAUUCAUAGGUCCACUCUCUGAGCAAGACUUUGCUGUCCCGUCGCCGGCGAGAAAUUUACGACCCGUCAACGUUGUGAAUGUGGUUAAUUGGGG